UGAUCUUCACUCAGACUCAUCUAGUUCUACUAGUAUCUCCUAUUCGUUGAAAUGUGUCAUUGUUUAGUCGAAGUAGGUGAGCGUGAAGGUGUUGUACAUUUUGCUGUCCUGCUAUAUAAAUGAGUUCAUCGUGAUGACAUACAAGCACAGGCUUUGACGAUUGAAAAGAAUAUCCAACUAGUCGAUAACGAAGAACAAGUACAAGCUUCAAUCUUGUUGAGCCUUCGAAUGUUGAGCAGCCGUGGUCUUCAUCUGGUGCCUUUUCGGAGAAGAAAGUACCUGCAAGUUUCUCGUCUCCGAGUUUACCUGCCUUUUGCCUGCGGAAGUCGUGGUCUUAGUAACGCGACUUGCUCAUCGUCCAGCAAAGCAGGACUCUGUACUAACAGCACGACGUCGACGGACCAAGAAAGUGCAACGUGCUCAAGAACCACCAGCUUCGCGAUUGGAAACAAGACAAAUUACUUUGCGGCCUGUAAAAAAUACAAUUUCUCUUCAUCAAGCAGCGAUAGUUUCUCAAGCAACUACACCAGGAAGAAUCAUAAUCAGGUGGAUUUUCCUACACGAACCUUUUCGACCUCUAUCAAUACAUCGUCCAAAAUGCCGGACUCGGGAAGCUAUGAGCCCGGACGCGACAAGUACACCUGGUUGGAGGAAGUACAUAGCGAUGAUGCGAUGACUUGGGUCAAAGACCAGAACAAGAAGACCUUAGAGGGCAAAGAAAUCGAAAAAUCGGAAGAGUAUCUUAAACAUACAUACUCAAGGAGACUGUCUCAAGAACGUAGAUGUGGCAAGGAGUUUGUGUAAACAUGAGCUCGUGUACUAGUAAGGCAGCAACAUACCAAAUACAUUGCACUACUAGUUGCACUUGCAUGAUCUUCCUCGAACUUAUCAUAUCAUGUUGCAGCACAACUUCAACAACACUGACCACUACUUAAUAAGUUGAAUGAUGUCAAGAACACUCACAUCAACCAAUUAUAAGUUGAUGUCAAUUUCAUUGAUGCAGGUAUACCCGUUCGUUGGCGAUUCUCGAUAGUAAAGAGAAAAUUGCGUAUGCGAGUCGCAUUGGCGGAUUUUACUACAAUUUCUGUUAAGGCUUCCCCAAAUUCAUCUUAUUAAGAAGCAUCUUUGAAACGGUUUCAAGGGAAAAAGCGCUCAAAGAUGAGCUUCAAGAAAGAUAAAUAGAGAGAAGGUCUAACUCUGGCGCGAUGAUAAGCAUGUUCGCGGCAUAUGGCGGCGAUGUCGUUGGGCAGAAUACGCGAAACCUAAUCCCGAUGACAUCUCUUGGGAGACCGUGCUAGAUCUGGAUGCUCUGGGGAAAGCCGAAGACAAAUCGUGGGUCUGGGGAGGCUACACUUUGCUGAAAGAAAUCGGCGUGAACGAGGAUAAGGAGGAAGAUUAAGGGUUGAAAGUAAGUAGUUGGCCUUGUUUCUAUGAGCAUGAUGUCACUCUAAGACUUUCUCAAGAAGUCUUUCGUAGGAAAGCUAUAUAUAGAUGCGAAGAACUACUAGAUGGGGGUCAGCUUGCAACCCCUAAGAAGACAAUGGAGUCGAUGUGCGGGCACUAGUGAAGCUCUCUCCCGGUGGUUCGGAUGCCAUCGUCGUGCGCGAAUAUUCGCUGACGAAGAAAGCGUUUGUAGACGGUAGCAGCUUCACUGUGCCAGAGGGCAAGACGCGAAUCAGUUUCGUCCAUGAGAAUGCGGUUUUUGUGGGGGCUAAGUUCGAGAACGAGCCAAACGGCGGUCUCACAGACAGUGGCUACCCACGUAUUUAUGGGUUACUUAUAAUAUGCCAUUGUAUAUUAAUCCCUCACAACCAUUCUUGACUCUUUUUAAGAAAAUAGAACAUUUUUAUACCAUAGAUCAACGUCAAGGAUGUCCUAAAUUCCUGUGUAUGUAGGUAGGCACUUAUUUUUCAUUGCGUACUACUAACCUCUAACGUAUGGUGAAGCAGUGGUCUCGUGGUACUAAGUUGGAAGACGCAGUCACAGUGUUCGAAGGCUUGCAAACGGACGUGGCCUCCGGAGGACAAAGCUACGAGUGGACCCGCGAAACAGGGCAGGGAGAGUACACUACAACCGUGUACGACAUCGUUGGACAGAGUAAAACCUUCUACACACGGGAUCACUACGUACGGAAUGCCUAUUUCGAAAAGACCUAUGCUAGUACCUCCCGUCCGUCGCUUGAGACUGUCCGCGAAUCGUCGAAGCUCUUUUUCGACAACGCACAUGGUGAACAGCUAAUCCGCUUGACCGGGAUUCCUGACUCUGCUGAUAUAGACGUCUAAUAUGGCUGCACGCGGGAAUGAGUAGUUGAUAUUUGUACAGACACAAUCAACACUUAGUAGAAGAUCUUCGUCGUAGUAAAACUAAAAGUAAUUCUACUUAUAGACAAAGGCAAAAAAAUCAAUGAACAAAUGCUAUGCUUUACUAGGAGGUGAAGCACGACGAGGUGAAGGACGACCCCUCCACGGCUUUCUUCAUCAUGCUUCAUGAUUUUAUAGGCCAGGUCAUCUAAGAUUCUCAGGAUUGGGCGAUGAUUUCUCUCCGCAAGGACUGGGGCGACAAAUUUCCUGGUGGAAGCCUCUUGGUGGCGCCGCUGGUAGAUCUAGUCCAGGCAGCUGGGGAGCCGCUGCCAACUCAGAGAGCAGACUCCUUGCCUCCAGCAGACGAUAGUAAGUUCGAUGCAGAAAAAAUCCGCGGGUUGUGCCAAGUCCUGUUUCUUAUGACACUGCUCACACAGCUGGUCCUGCUGCUGAAUAUAUUUUAGUGCUGCUGAAGACUAUAUCUAUUUAAUAAAUAUGUAGUGUUUUUGGAACAACUUACUAUAGUAUACAUGUAUCUAUAGCGUUUUUUUUACAACUUGUCGUGAGAAGCAAGAUGAACCGACAGACAUAGUAUUGCUUUUAUGCCUACGUACACUGGUAGUUUUCAUUUUGUACUAGGCCUAACAGGAGCUACAAUAUUUCUCCCUGCAGCACACUGACUCGGGAGGUGGAGGAGCGACUAAUAUAGAUGAGGCACUAAGUAUGCGUUCUUGUUCUAAUUUCGAAGGUGGGAGAGAAGGGGAGAGUUUGCAGGGAAGUUGCGAGACGAAGUCCUUCGUCGUGGUUCACAAAACGAUCAAUCUGAAGCCGGAGCUUCUCUUCUGGCGUAAACCAGGCAAAAGCGAAACCAAGUGGUCACUAGCAAAUCCAGAGGCAGAAACGUCAGCAAAUGGAGCGUCAACAGGUGACUUAUGCCACAUCAAUUGACAUUUGUUACUUUGACUUUAUUUUUGUACCAUACAUCAGUUGAUGUAUUCACUGUAACAUUGCUUCUACCUAUAGUACGACAACACUAUCAUGGAGUUCUUGAUACGGUUUCCUAAAGUGAAUAAACCACGUUUAUUGAACAAUAUCUGCUGCCGUUUUCACCUUGCUUUGCCCGACAGGCACCUCCUUUGGCUAUGACCAUUCUUAGUAGGUAACUAAGUAUUUUUUAUGUUUAUCUAGUUUUCUAAGCUCUCUAGUAACCGGGAAGUUCGAGUCCGUGUCCUUGCGCGCAGUCGACUGGGAUAUGUCCGGUGACGACUUGUGGUUUACGAGUGAAACCUUUUCGAGUCCAGAGAAACUCUAUAAAUUACGGUGCCUAGUAUCGAUAAAUUUGAGUCUCCUCUUCGAGAUGCAAGAACAACCACAAAGUGACUUAGUACUAGCAAUCUUUCGUGAUCCUUGAUCUUGAUGGACGUGCUUGUGGGUCAUCAAGGGAGUCUGUCUUCAAUCCUUGAUCUGAUUUCAGUUUCUGUACUAUAGCGCAUCAAGAAUCUCGCUCUUCCUCUGCUCUGACAAAUCGGUUUCCCUUCUAUAUUUCCACAGCUUGCCCUUCUAAGAGAGCUGUCCGCCCAAGAACUGAUAGGCAUGGGGAGCGCCGGCACAGCACCUGCUUUGAAGAGUGCGCCGAUUUUCUUUGACGACGUUGGAGUUACUACGGUGCAGAAGUGGGCCACGUCAAAGGAUGGAACAAGGGUGCCCUACUUCCUCGUUGGAAAGGAUCUCGACCUUAGCGGGAAGGGAGGUACUUACUUAGUUUUCUUGACCAACAAGCACAAGCUCAAGGCUAUGCCGAGUGUCUCAGAAUUUUCUGUCGUUCUGCCUUUAAGUCAAUAGGGGACCAGCAAUCACAUCAGAGAACAAACAAUGAAUCAUGUAAAAAUCAAAUCACUUACUACACGACACCCCAAGAGUGACGCACGACAAACAACGACCUCUCGUCUGCACAGCUCCACGUCCGACAACAUUGUAUGGUUACGGAGGCUUUGAGAUUUCGUUGACGCCGUCUUACAUAUGGAUGUUUUUUUUUGUAUCUUCUUUCAGACGACUGCGCCCCCGCCCUUUGGGUUAUAGAUACGUUUUUGAGGGGAAAAGGCAAAGGGGGGAGCCUCCAUAGUCAGUCUGCCUAGUAGAUGGAAAAAGGAACAUCCUCCAUAUUAGAUGGCGAUUGCCGGGUUCCAAUGGAUCGAGAAAGGAGGCGUUUUUGCUCUAGCGAACAUCCGCGGCGGCGGUGAGUUUGGUCCGAAGUGGCAUCAAGCUGCACUCAAAGAUUAAGGCUUACCCUAAUUCAUCUCGAUUUACAUAGGGAUCCCUCAACCGCAGGCACGCAUGCGCCCCAAUACAAGGAAAAUAGUGACGCAUACGCUUGAGGGAUCCCCAGCCCACAGGGAUGAACUAGGGGAAGCUCUAAAAGGAAAAUCGUCCGCGUGCUUAUGAGGACUUCGAAGCCGUAGGUAAAGACUUGCUCAGCAGCGGCAUUGCGGGAAAAGGGAUGCUAGGUACUUACUCAUUGCAAAUCACUUAUAAGAAUUGCUGCUGAUGACUCGAAGUGGAUCAACCUUUGUCUCGAUUUUUAUAUUGUUCCGCAUUGGUCACCGGGAGUAGAGAGGCGUAUAUAACUUUGAACAAGCAAGAUAGAAAAACGAUGUUAAGGCACCGGUAGAGGUCAAUCUUAUUUCAUGAAGUUCAAGCUUCUUUGACCCUUAACACUGAGGUUGCAUGGGUGGCUCCAACGGCGGACUUCUGACCGGUAAUAUGCUUGUCCGCAGCGGAGAAGAUCCGAUUUGGAGCGCAAUAGUUUCUCAGUGUCCCCUGUUAGUUAAGACCUGUACGCUUUUAGCAUGAGAAUAAGGAGGGCGGGCUGAAUAAUAGCCAAUCUCGUACCGUCGUAGCUGUGUUUGUUCACAUGAAGUGGCUGUCUACUUACAGCAGCAGAAGAGGUUCUUGUCUUUCUUCCUCUUGCCUUUUUUCCUCUGGAAUACCUGUCUUAUUAAUCUUUCUUCAAGGAUCAACAUGAUUAACUGCUUCUAAGUUGCACAUGCGGCGUUUUCACACACUGCUAGCUGGCGCGAGCUGGAUGGCGGAAUAUGACGAUCCUGAUCGCGAGGGUGCCUGGACCACGAUUCAAAAGUACUCGCCGUACCACAUGAUCUUAUGAGCAGAGGCUACUUCUACCAGACUGCAAAUGCACGACCAUUGAGACUAAUUUUCAACUUCAAGUUGCUCAUUUUUCUUGUGUUCUUCCGAAAAUGAAUGGAAGCGAGAACUUCUCUAAUGAUUGCGUCAGACACUCCGAAGUACCCGGCAGUGCUUUUUACCACAAGUACGAAAGACGACAGAGUUCAUCCGGGUCAUGCACGCAAAAUUUAAGCCUUAUUACCCAUAUUCUUUCAUGCUGCUAAGAGAGAGGCAUCAUUUUGGACUUCUUUCUCCCACAUUUUAUUCGUCUUAUAAAUAUGAGGCAUCGACGGCAUGAUCUUUCUCCGGAGUGCUUUCAAAGGAAAAAGACUCCAAAGAUGCACUCGUCGAAAAGGAAUGGGGGUAUAAAUGAUUCUAACGAGUGGUGAAGAAACUUCUAGAUCUGGCAGAAAGCUCAUCCGAUGUUCGCUACUACGAAAACAUCGAGGGUGGUCACAGCGGCGCCGCAGAUAAUAAGCAGAGAGCAUUCAUGAAAACAUUAGAAUGGAUGUUUCUGUGGGAAAAGCUAGAUGCGGAAGGAUCUUUUAAGGCAAGCAAAUCAAAAAGUGAUCGGGGAAGAUGCUGCCUUUGAUUUUUGUAGAUAUCAGGAGAGAGUGACUCUAAGUACAUACUUACUCUUGGAGUUUGUUAUAAGGUGAGAGCUAUAACUACUUAGGUACAACUUAAGUACAGCUACAGGCUCAAUGGGAAGGGGCACCUCGACUGAUAGAAUAGCUCUAUCUCCUAGUAUGUGUCUCUUCACAAAAAGUGAAUACAAUUGAUAAUUCUACGAUAAUUCCUGUUCUACUUCUGCAGCGUGUAAUAAACUAUAUAACCCUCCUAAACAUGCUAAUAGAUAGGAGUUUUUUCAAAACAUGCUGGAAAUACUGACUGCUGCUGUAGUGAUCAUGUUCAGGAUGAGGCGUCAUGCCCGCAUGUCAAGACAAAGGUCGCGAUGUCUUUAUGACUACGCACUCGAGAACUUCUAUAUCCGCGGAAUGAACAACAGCAAGCUGUGCAACAGAAUUCAUAUCUAUAGAUGCGAUUAGAAACUGUCUGCAUCUUCGUAGUACCGCCACCAUGAGAGUGCAGACUUGUUGUUUCUGCUAGAUCUGAACAUCUGG